CUACGUGGGGGCCGCUGCAGCCAGGCGCCUGGCUUGCACACCGCCCCCACCUCCACCGCCAGCUCUUCAACUCUGUGAUCCCCAGGAACCUCCAUGUUGUGCUCAAGCUCGCAGAAGAAAUCAACAAACACACGACUGGAGAUCAAGCGCUAGUCUAUUAGCACCACAACUUGCGUGCCAAAACUCACCAGGGCCAGCUUCGGCAGCGCCCCCCCACGUGCCGCCUGCUUCACCCCCCCGAAUAGUAUCUGCACCCCCCGUAUCCCAACCACCCCCCGAAGCAAUACCCCAACCAGAACACGAAGACGGCGUCAGAUUAAGAAGGGUUCACACCGUAGCUGUAAGAGAUUAUCUAAAACGAGAGACACAAACGUUUUUUGGUGUCCAGAAGGAUAAUGAAAGGGAACAAAGAAGACUGUGGUAUGAGAGACGGAGAAGACAUGCGGCGAGAGCACUCGGUGACCUCCGACUUGAUUUACCUCCUGAUCAUCAUCCUGAUGAUGAUGAUAUUAGUAUGUAUGGUGCUUCUGGCGCGGCCCCCAGGGAAGCCCGGGGGCGAAGUCGCGAGCGACCCGACGUUCUACCGGCGCCGGCGUCGCUCGAAGCCCCACCUCCCUUGCAAAGCAUACCUGGGAAGGAUAGCGUGGCAAGACUCACACUUACUGGACUCUCUUAUGUUGUUACGGCGGUGACCAGACGUUCCCGUCAAUCUACCUCGGCGCAGUGGUCACGAUCAUUUCGAGGCAGCGCGACCAGUCCGCACGAGGACGCGGACUUCGACGACGUGUUCUUUGCCCCUACGUCACUCACCUCACCCCUCAACCAACACGUCGACAUCGAGCCUGACGAUGGACACAAAAGUGUUCGAUCUCCGCUGGGUUCAUCUGGAGUGGAGUACAGAAGACCGGAGAGAAAUGUCUCUUGGAGUGCAGGAGGUGUUCGAAUACACACACCAAUGUUGGAGCCUCUGGCGGACAACUCCAACCGGAGGCAGUUCGGGAUGGGAGUUGUUGGGAGAUUUUUCCGGCGAUCACUUCGAAAGUCGGUAGCACAUCAGGAGGACGUGGCUCGUCAACUAGACGAACUGACGGAUUACCGGCCCUACUUCACGUGGUGGGUCAGCACAGUGCAGACCUUGGUACUGCUUCUGUCAUUGCUGUGCUACGGCUUCGGACCAGUCGGCUUCGGACGGCAUACACACACAGGACAAGUCAUGUUGAAAAGCCUUAGUUUACAACAGGUCGAAUGGGAAGAACCGGCUUCAUUUUGGUUGGGUCCCCGGGCGGCAGAUCUAAUACAUCUAGGAGCUAAGUUUGCGCCGUGUAUGCGGCGGGAUGCCAGGAUAGCGAGGGCAAUAGCGGCAUCUGCUAGGAGAGAAAGAGACACAGCAUGUUGCAUACGGAAUGACGAUUCCGGAUGCGUGCAAUCUUCAAAGGCUGACUGUUCGAUAAGAGGAUUAAUAGCAAAGAACACAAUAUCAACGUGGAAAAAAUGGUCUUCGGGCGAUUCAGGGCCUGGAGGACGCAUAUCAGGGUCUGUGUGUGGAUUAGAUCCAAAAUUUUGUGAAGCACCUCGAUCGAUAGCACCGCACGAAUGGCCGGAUGACAUAACAAAAUGGCCGAUCUGCAGGAAAUCGGUUCUAGAUGGUUCCGCUGCAGCAGGCAGAGCUGGGCACGCCGCUGAACAUAUGGCGUGUGAAGUAAUAGCGCACCCAUGUUGUAUUGGAGUACAUGGCCAGUGUGUGAUUACUACAAGCGAGCAUUGUUCAUUCGUGAAGGGCCACUUUCACGAAGAAGCUUCCUUGUGUUCACAGGUAUCGUGCCUGGAUGAUGUUUGCGGAAUGCUGCCGUUUAUGCGCAGACGUCGUCCAGACCAACUGUACAGAGCGUGGACAUCAUUAUUCGUUCACGCUGGUCUGUUACAUCUGGCAGCAACGCUAGCCCUUCAGUGGCUCUUCAUGAGGGACUUGGAGAAAAUGGCAGGACCUGUUAGAAUAGCUGUUAUUUAUUUGGGUAGUGGAGUAGCUGGGAACAUGGCUUCUGCUAUCUUCGAGCCAUACAGAGCUGAGGUUGGUCCUGCAGGGUCACAUUUUGGUCUACUCGCAUGUUUAAUCGUAGAAGUGAUUGGUGCAUGGCAUCUUUUGAAGCACCCAAAGCGGUCUUUGAUGAAACUCAUCGGACUAGCAAUGUCCUUGUUUCUCUUGGGACUACUGCCGUGGAUAGACAAUUUCGCGCACGUAUUCGGAUUCGUUUUCGGUUUCUUAUUAUCAUAUGCGCUUUUACCAUUCAUAACAUUUGGACCGUAUGAGCGGCGGCGAAAGAUUGUUCUAGUGUGGGUGUGCAUGGUUUCUGCCGCUGGUAUGUUGUGUGCGUUGAUAACAUUGUUUUACGCAGCGCCUGCGUAUGAGUGUACCGCGUGUGCGUACUUUACAUGUGUGCCAUUUGCUCCUGACAUGUGUGCGUCUCAGGAUGUUCGUGUGCGGCAGAUAGAUGGCGUAUGACGGCGCGCGGCCCGGGCGCCCUCGCCGCCGCCCCCGCCUCGCCCCGCGACCCCCGCGUCUCCCGCGACCUACAGCGUCUGCCGCCGCGCCGUAUCGCAGCUGCAUACUAACAAGUGUUAUAAAGCAACCUGUUCGUACAUUCAAUAGUAAAAUCUGCACGUGGUCAAAUUGGGAUGCUACGUUUUGGAACUGAGACAUGCUAUGAUCCGUCGGCUGGCCAUAGUAUCAAUGCAAGUUUAUAUCGAAGCUUGCGAGGUGAUAAUUAUGGCACAUUGUCAGUUUUAGGUUUUUAUUUUAAAUACUAAUUGAAUCCUUGCUAAAUUGAAAUAGCCAAUUUAUAAUUACUUUGACAAGACCCUUUUCCAUUUUGACUGCGCGCGUCUUGUGUAUGUUCGCAUGAAUCUGUCAUUAUUUAUUAAAUAGAGGUAUUUUGUACCACUGUCUUAUAUAAAGUAAACGUACCUGUUGUAAAGUGCUAUUUUUCACUGGUCAUUAUGGACAAGUCGUAGGUAUAUUGUCAAAGCCAUUAUAUGACAAAUUCACUAGUAAUAUUAUAAUGAAACGGUAGAUUGUCAAUCGAUUUCAUUUCUUAUGAUUUGACGGCCUGGUUUUAGUGACAUUGUAAUGUCACGGGUACACUAUAGUGAUAUUAUAAUAAAUCUAGGUAUAUUACAAAUGAAGUUAGCAGUGUGAGAUGUCGAGCGUUCUGAUUGGUAAAUGUUUUUCAUACGCAUUAUACAAAACAAUUACUGUUGAAGUAGUAGUGAAUAAGGGCCGAUUCGGUUCCGGCACUCGCUCGCCACUGCCGCGGCACGCUACGCUCGGCUCAUCCGUUGUGAUUAUCAGUGUAAAUUUGUUUUUGGGACGUACUAGUGAACAAAGGCUGAUUCGCUUAGAUAACAAUUACUUAGUUGAUUACACUCAUCUUUAUAGAUGUUAUUUAUCUAAAGAUAAUGACUAUAAAAUAAAUGCAAGUAACAGACCAAUCAGAUGCGGCUUCAUAAAGACCAGUAACAUCGUCAAAUUAGAUUGCCUUACAAUAUCACUAUAGUGUACCCGUGACUUUUGCCAACAUUCACACAGCUGAUUUUGCAAACCUGUUGUUAACUAUUUAUAUGUCACAAUAGUAAUUUUUACUACAAAUUGACAGUAGUGAUAAAUUUACAAAUCGAAGAAAUUCAUUGAAAUUAUAUUUAGAAGAAAUUGAAGAUCGAUGUUUUAGACAAACCUUGAAAAGUGUCCUUAAUUUAUUCACUGCCAUUAAAUUCAUUGCAUAUACAUAAUUGAUUAUAAUUAUCCAUAUAAAUAUUUUGAAUGUCAUUAAAUUAACCACUCGAUUUAUAUUAAUUAUCCUACCCACUUUAUAGCCAUAUCAUGCAACCGAAUGUGUAGAUAAUAAUACAAAACUUAGGAAAACUGAAAUGCGACUUACUAAAUAUAAUUAAUCCCUAUUUUUCUAUAGAAAUAAAUUGAAAUAAAAUUGUUUCAGCCCAAUCGAAGUACAAUAGCAUGCAAUUCACUCACAAAAAUAACUCUUUACCAGAUCUAAGUUUUGAAAACACCGCACUGUAAGCUAAGGAACAUUUCAUUCGAAACGGGUAUGAAUAUAUUUUCACAAUUAAUAUAAUCAAUUUGAUUUGUACGAGAAUUAUUAACAAUCUUGUUGAUAGAGCGAUCUACAUGAGAGGAAAUAUCGCAUAAUUUUGCAAUUACAAUUAACUAGUCUGAAAGCAUGAUUGUUUUAUAAUUAUGUAAUCGCUUUGUGUAUCGCGUUACAUAUUCGUUUUGUAAAUAAGCUGUAUAUAUCUAAAAAGUAACUAUAAGGUGUAAUCUUAUUAUAUUUUUAAGAAUGUAAAUUGUGAUAGUGUUUCUUUAUAUCGGAAUCAAUCAAUUCUUAUGACGUUAAAUGACAAGGCGAGAAUUUGACAAGCAAUUUGGCAAGACAUCAUUAGUUUUCAUGCUUUCAUAAAUCAAAACUCCAUGUAUGCUUAUGUAAUUACAAUAUAUAUACAAUAACAAUUCUUUUAAACUGAAUACAGUAAAAUGAAGUAAAUAUAUUUUGAUAAAUUUGUUGCAUAUAAAAAUUAUUUGAAAAUGCUUAGCCGGUUCGCACUUAAGGCGUAUAAUAGUUUAACAUGUUAUUCUUUAUUUUAAAUCUUUUGUGUGAAUUAUUAUAUUUCUAAAUUAUUUUGGCAAUCGAAUGAAUUGUAGCCCUUAUUGGUAUUAUUACUUUACAUCUUAAGUGCUAGCCAUGUUGGACUACAGAGAUCUAGACGUAACUGUUAAAAUUGAACGCAGUCGAAAAGGACAAGUAGGAAUAGAUUAAGGGCAUACACUCAAAUCAGAAUCUCUUUUACUAAAGGGUUUAAGGGUUAAAGUGGGCUCAAAUUCGUCAAGGCGAUUUGUAAGUACUUAAGCGCCUUAUAAUAUUUUUUCAAUAUAAGAUAAAAUAACAUUUAAGUAAAUAUCUAGUUUUGUAACAAUUGGUAGAUACCAUAAAAAAGUUGUAAAAGAUAUUUUUAAAUUUAAUUCCAUUGUAGUAUUUUUUUAUAUCAAUUAAAGUUCUACCGCCAUUUCAGAAUCAAAUUACACUCUCAGAGAAGAAACUGCGUAAGAAAACUGAAAACUCCCACAAUAUUCUUAUUAUUCUUGCGCUCUUAUAGAUAAAAUACAGUUUAUACAAUAUUUUAAUAUCAUAUCAUUUGCUGUGUACAUUUUGCAGAAAUACUUUACUCAACUAUUUUUUAAUUUAAUUUUCUAUUGAUUAUAUUUAUUUCAUUCGUAUUUGGUAGAUAAAAUCUAGAUAAUAUUGAAGAAACUAAUAUUUCACAAAAUUAUAACUACCCGCAAACAGCAAAUGAAAAAUAGAUAAAAUCUAAAAGUAUGUUGAAGGUAAGCCCUUAAAUCUGAAACCCUAACUGAUCUGCGUGCCUUUAUCAGUUUGAAAUUAUUUGUUUUGAAGUAAAACAACGGUUAAAGAAAGUUGUUUUGUCAAUUUUGUAUUACUAAGUCAUUGUAUAGUAGGUACCUGCAUUGUAACAUUAUAUGAUUUCCAAUAACGCUAGAGAUUAAUUUAAUAAUAACUAUUUAUCAUUAGUGUAUCGAUAUAAUUCAUUUGAUAUUGUUAUAUUAAGUUGAAGUAUUUGUAAAUUUCUAACGAAUUUAUUAUAAGCUAGGCAUUAGGUACCGGCGUACAACUUUUUCUAUAACUACACAUUUCGUUAGGUAUAUUAUUACAUAAUAUAAUAAAUAAUUAUUAGUAACAUACUUUUAUAUUUGUUUUGAAAGAGUCUUUGUGCUCAAAGUUCAAAUUAAUUCAAUAAUAUUUGAAGUCGUUUCCGUUUUUAAUGAUGAAUAAUUGAAUGAAGCUGAAUUAAAAUUAAAAUAUGUCUGUUUAUUGAGACUUAUAAUAAUUACAAAUCAAACAUAAUAAUAUGAUUGUUUUCUAACAGUUUAAAUGAAUACAGAUUGUAGCGAAGUUCCGCGCAAAAUUUUUUAUGUAAUUUUUAUAAAAUUAUAUAUUCACUGCUACUUGCAUUGACAUUUAUUAUUGAUAAUUCAUUAAUUAUAUACAUUUAAAAGUAGGUUAGAUUUAUUUUAUCGACAAGGAAUGGAUAAACGAAAACACUUCCAUUAGGAACAUCGUGAUUUUUGUUCAAAUUCAGUUCAGUUUCUUAUCUUAUCAUUAUAUCAAUUAUAUUAUAUCAUUUUAAUGUUAGAAAUCAGAGAAAAAAAGAGAGCAGCAUGUGUUGAAUAGAACAUGCUACAUUCACGGACGAGUAAAAAAGAAGGACUCCGCGCCGUGAUAUUGACAAGUGAAGCACCUUUAAGCCUAGUGUGUGUGCAGUUACGGGGGAUACCAGUUAACACAAAUUAUGUCCCGUUAUUAGCCAUAUUAGUUUUAACUCCUAUUUUUUAAUAUCUGAUAGAUUGUUUCUUAAAAUAAAAAUAAAUAUCGCAGGAAUAGUAUGAGUAAAUAAAUAAAUUAAAAUAAUGAAUUAUCCACUUAGAAAACUAUUAAAUGCAUUACCCAAUUUUUCGGGUUAAGUCCUUAUUUAUUUUCCGGUCACACUGGAUGUUACUAUCACGCGUAGCGGAGGUUUUGUGUUCCAAACAUCGAAUUAAUUUGUAUAAUGACAAGAACAUAAAAUAGUGUGAAAACUACUAUUCUGUCUGUGAAAGGUAAUUCCUUCACACUUUAUUGUACCCUAGCCACAGUAGACAUACAUACAUAUUCAGUGUACCUGUACUGAAACUCCCUUCAUACGUUCGAAAUGACACAUUCCCACAAACAUGCGUAUUGACGAGGCCCCUAAGCGGUUUUCGCGGUCAAUACGAGUCGAGUGCCACGUUGUUAUUUGUUUCCGCGAUAUUUUUAAAAAUGCCAGUGCUCCAUUAAAAGUCUUGGUUUUCCGUUUUUAAACUAUAAAGUAAUAUAGUAUAUAAGAAUUAUUUACUGUUAAAUUAUUAUUAUAAAUUAGUAAGCAUUCGAAUUAUAAGAUCGUGAGAUCGAUUAUAAUAAAUUCGUGAAAAUAAUUCACAAUGUUAAACUGAGAUGGCGGCUGCAAUAUUAGCUAUCAAUUUUUUAUAUGAGUGUGGUUUGGUUUUUGAGGAUGCUUUUUUAUAUUUAUUAAUUUUGUGCAAAAAAUAGUUACCUACAUAUGAUUGUCAUGGUUUUCGUGGGUGUUGAAACCAAUACCAGCUAAUGCUGUCAAAAUUAAAAUUCAAGAUGGCGGAUGGAAAAAAAUUAUUAACUUUUUCGGCACGGGUGUCAUUUUUAUGGUUUUCGAGGGUGCUAAAAUAGCUAGUCCUGUCAAAAUGUAAAUACUAGAUGGUGGCCGCGUGAAAUUGACAAUAUUUGCAUAAUGGCUUUUUUGGGAGCUCAAACUGUAAGUGCUGAAAUAGAUAGUGCUGGCAAAAUGUAAAUCCAAGAUGGUGGCUACAUGAAAUUAUCAACUUUUAUCUUAAAAUUAAAAAAAAUAUUUACAAGAAAAACUUUCAGUAAAAUGAUGUUUAAAAAUAUUACAUAACAGUCAUCAUGCAGACUAUAAUAUUGCAUUUUACACUAUAUAGAUAUCGUACAUACACAAUACAUAAAAAUCUUACGCUUUUUUACUUUUUUACGCUCCGCAACGCCCCAUGAGGAACUUCGUUCUAAUCCUCGCUCCUUUUUUAAAGUCGGUUAGAAGAACCUGACAACCCUAUUGCUUCAAUGGAGUGUACGCAAAUGUAGGUAAGUAUUUUAUCAACAAGGCUGAGUUUCCAUACUGUUACAUUUGUCUACUGUGCCCUAGCAUUGAUUCACACGACUUAUCAAAACAGGGCAGCAUUUUAUAAAUAUUUAAUGCGACGUAAACAAAUCUGUCACAGACAAUGGCAGAUGUCAUAAUGGCGGCUGAUCGGCUUGUAUUAGUAUAAGUGUGUGCGUAUCAUUGUGUAUUUACACGUUAACCGGUUUGUUUUGAUGCUUCAGUAUUAUGUAGGUGACACGGAGUCCUUUUUUUACUCGUCCGUAGCCACAAUGAAUUAUUUCACAGUUACAUUGCCUCUCAGACUGUAAUAGUAAAGAUUCGACGUGAGUAUUAAGACAGAUUUACAUUGUUUGAAAUCUGUAUUAAGUAGGAUUGUUAAUUCAUCUACAAUUUGCACAAAGCCUUGUUAUUUUAGCAACGUGAUCUUUACUAUAUAAACGUGUUUGUCAUUAUAAAUAUACUCUUAUCAAGUAAAUGGAUUGCACGUACUGAACGAUGUAAAAUGUGCGUAUUUUUUUACCUAAAAUUGUGUCGUGUUUGAGUGAUGUGUACAGCUUAAUGAUAAACAUUGUUAAGGUGUUAUCUAAGUGCCCUUGCGGUCGCUAGCGCUGGACCGGCGAAUGGUUUCGGAAUUUAAUAUAAAGUACCCUUACAUAUUGUACAUUGUGAACAUAAAUUAUUGUAAUAGUAAUUACAUGAUAACGUAAACUUAUUGUACUUAGUAAUAAUCGAACAAAAAAACCUUAUUAUCAUAAUA